UAUGCUUUGAAUGAUUAUUUAACCUUUGUUUCUUGGGGUUUUACUUUAUCAUGUUUCUGCAACAGCAGUCCAUAAUCUUUGUCAGCAUACCUUAGAGAUUGUCAGAAAGUGAAAAAAAAAUGGCACUGAUGUUACAGUCCUCCACCCUUUCUCCGAGUCAGAGAUACAACAAAAGUGCUUUCAGAUCUAAAUGAAGCGAGUCACAGCAUUCUUUCUGUGUUGUCACAACAGAUUUAUCAAGGCCGUCUGAUGUUGUUUCAAGCUCUCUCAUCUCCUUCAUGUUGUCAAAGGCCUGCCAUCAUUGGAAAGUAAAAAUAUUUUGGCAUCAAAUAUCUAAAUUAUUAAUGGACAAUAAGAAUGCCAUCCAUGCUCUCAAGACCAAUCGCAACAUUGUCAUCAAACCAGCACACAGAGGAGGAGCCAUUGUCAUACAGAAUGGAAUGGACUACUGCAAAGAAGCAUAUCAACAACUGAAUGACCAGGAACACCACAGACAACUACCUGCUGAUGCAACAAAAGAACACACCCUUGAACUCAACAGACUGUUCAAGAUUUUUGACCCAGUCCUUCAGAGUAUCUUAUAUAUUCUCAUCCCACGUACAUUUCACGUAGGGGACUUCUACUGCCUUCCAAAGAUACACAAAUCGAAAAUACCUGGACGUCCCAUUGUAUCAGGCAAUAGGACCCUUUGGGAGAACCUCUCUGGCUAUGUCGAGGGCAUUUUCAAACCCAUUGUACAGGGAACUUCCAGCUUCUGUUGCGACACUAGGGAUUUCUUACAGAGCUUCAGCACCCAUGGACCAGACGAACCAGAAGCAUCCCUCGUCAUGAUGGCAUUUCAGCUGUCUAUACCAGCAACCCCCACAAUGACAGCAUCACUGAAACAACCUUAG